UCCGGGAGAUUUUCUGUGGCUUUUUGCUGCACUGACAGCGGUCCUUCCAGGUUUAUCCUUCCUUCUUCACACAAGCUACACCUGCGAUAUUUUUACACAGCAACAGAACCGCUAUAAUGUCGGAUUUCGAGGAAUUUGAGAAGCAGCUGAGCGAGAAUCGACAAGAGCGAGAACGAGAGAGACACAAAAAGAGGAGUCGCAGUGGAUCUGCGGGCCGAGGAGACAAACAUCGCAGCUGGAGCAAAGACAGAGGGAGCCGCAGCCGAGAGAAACGUAGCCGGAGCAGAGACAGGAAGAGCCGGGACCGCCGGAGCUCCUCCCGGGAUCACAAGAAGCACAGUCACUCUCCGAGGCGAACAAGAAAGAAAAGGACCUGCAAAUACUGGGAUGUGCCUCCUCCUGGCUUUGAACACAUCACACCAAUGCAAUAUAAAGCUAUGCAAGCGGCCGGGCAAAUACCAACAAUAGCUCUGCUGGCAACAUCCACCACGACUGGAGUGGCUGCAGCACCGACACAAGUGCCCAUAGUUGGCAGUCAGAUGACAAGACAAGCCAGACGCCUCUAUGUUGGAAAUAUUCCCUUUGGAGUGACUGAGGAGUCCAUGGCCGAGUUCUUUAAUGCUCAGAUGCGGCUUGCAGGCCUUUCACAAGCUCCAAGUAACCCUGUACUUGCUGUGCAGAUUAAUCAGGAUAAAAACUUUGCUUUCCUAGAGUUUCGGUCUGUAGACGAGACGACGCAGGCCAUGGCCUUCGAUGGAAUCAUUUUCCAGGGUCAGUCGCUGAAGAUUAGAAGACCUCAUGACUACCGACCUCUGCCCGGUAUCUCAGAGCAGCCAGCUUUCCACGUCCCAGGUGUCGUCUCCACCGUCGUUCCGGAUUCCCCCCAUAAACUGUUCAUAGGAGGCCUGCCAAACUAUCUGAAUGAUGACCAGGUGAAGGAGCUCUUGACAUCGUUCGGGCCGCUCAAAGCGUUCAAUCUAGUGAAGGACAGUGCCACGUCACUGUCAAAAGGUUACGCCUUUUGUGAAUAUGUGGACAUCAGCGCCACUGAUCAGGCUGUCGCUGGGCUCAAUGGAAUGCAACUGGGAGACAAAAAGCUGAUCGUCCAGAGGGCGAGCGUGGGAGCUAAAAACGCCAAUCCUACCUCCAUCAUAGAGACCCCAGUGACGCUGCAGGUCCCUGGGCUUCAGAGGCUGCAGAACUCUGGCAUGCCCACGGAGGUGCUGUGCCUUCUCAACAUGGUGAUGCCUGAGGAGCUGGUGGACGACGAAGACUACGAGGAGAUCCUGGAAGACAUCCGCGAGGAGUGCUGCAAGUACGGCAGCGUCCGCUCCAUCGAGAUCCCCCGGCCCGUUGACGGUGUGGAAGUCCCCGGCUGUGGAAAGAUCUUUGUGGAGUAUGUGUCUGCUGCAGACUGUCAGAAAGCCAUGCAAGCCCUCACCGGCCGCAAGUUUGCCAACAGAGUGGUGGUCACAAAAUACUACGAUCCGGACAUGUAUCACAGACACGAGUUUUAAAGCACAGAUGAGUCUGAUGGAGAAUCUCACUCCUCUUUUCUGUUUGUAAGCUUGGGUUCAGUCAGUUCCUUUACUCCUCUGAAUGUUGUGAACGUGUCCUUAGAGACUGGACUGGGAAAAGACAUUUUAUUACAUCUUCUACUCUACAAACUGAACUGCAGUGUGUGUUUCUUCAGUACUGAAUAUCUAACUCCCAGCUUUAGCCUAAUACCCCUACAGUGAACUGAACUCAUUCUGAAUUUUAAAAAAAAAAUGACUGUAGUAUACAUUACAUUUGCAGUAGAAUGAAUGUGACAUGUAUCUUACCUAAACCUAAACUAAUACUGCCUGACAAUGCCAGAGUAGCUGUCUAUCAAGUAUGCACUAUAUGAGAAAAACAACAGUCAAAUGUUUAGAUUUCCCUCCUGAGCACAAAUAUUUAUUUCUGUUUUAGACCCAGAUUUGAGAAGCCAUUAUAAUGUUAAUUGUGUGGCUAUGAGAAAAAAAAAGUUUUUAAUUUAUUUAUUUAUUUUUCCAGAGUAAUAUUUUUCCUCUAUACAUAUAUUAAUGUUCCUUAAACAUAUACAAUGCUAUUAACUGUACUGCUUAUAUAGACCAAAGGUUGACUUGUUUUGUCAUGUGAGAAGAUACGUUUUGUCGGAGCAGCCUCAAAGGUCAUUUUGUAAAUAUGAAAUAAUCAUGUCUAAACAAAUAAAAUUGGCCAUUCACACCGGAAGCUACUUGAAUUAGAAAAUAAUCUGAGUAAAAACUGAAUCAUCAUUGAAAAGAUUUCAUCAAAAACUGUUGACUGUUUUAAACCCCUCCCUCGAAAAGUGAUUAUCCAAUAGCAACUUCGUAACGGUAACUAUAAAUGUAAACAUUAUUUUCAAGGUUAAUAAGUAUAUAAUUUAUACUAUGCAUUAGUGAUGGUAUCACAGUUUAGGUUAACGUUGAGACAAAACACAUUGGGGAGUCUUAAUACUAAAAGUAAAAACAUUUGAAAACAGUUUAAAAUACAAACGUGCAAUUCAAAUGUCGGAUAAACAGCCAAACUGAAUCAAAGUCUGAUCUUACAUUUUCAUUAUAAUACCCGAAAUAACUAAGCUCACUUAAAAUAACUCAGCUGGAGACAUUAAAAUAUCAGCUGGAGAUGCAGUCGUCUUUUUUAACCAGGUCCAAUGGAGUAGUGUGAAUGUUAGCUUAACUGGUUAACAAGCUACAGCUUAUAAAGAUGGUCAGUGACAGUUGUCCUUUCAGCCAGAGAAAACAACAGUUGCUUGCUGAAAAACGAGAAAUUAUUUUUGUCUGUGUCUAUCUUAAAUCAAAGAACCAUUGUGUAAAAAAGUACAUGGGAUUUAAAUGGUAAAUCUUCCAUGAUAGCAUUUUCAGGCGCUUAUGUGCUGUGUGAGAAUGGAAAAUGGAAAUGAAAAGCAAGAGUUAACUUAACCAACAACGCAACAGUGACUAAGGUUGCCGGAGCUUAUGUGAGAACGGAAAGUAAAACCCACAUAGCAACAGUAACGAAGGGGGUGGGGCUUUAUAAACAGUCAAUUGUAUUCUUGAACCAGCAAUAGUCAACAAUUAAUUGAUAAAAUCAGAAUAACAAAAUCAAACCUGUCUUCAUGGUCUUGUUUAAAAAAUAAAGCAGAUAUGCACAUGUUAAGAAAUGCACCUUUAAGUUUUGUAGAUAGCAUACUGAAUGAAUUUUUUAAGCUUUAUUCUUUGUGUGCUGUUUUGCAUCUGUUGAUGAAAAUGUAUUAAAUUAGAGCAUUCAUUUAUUAUGAAAUAUAAUUUAUUUGCAUAAUAAAAUGCAGGCACAAAUACAGUAUCCAAACAGACACGUCAGAAAUUGGGAUGAUGACCUGGUUUGCACAUGCAGAAAACUAUCUGUACUGUUUCGAAGUAAACUAAUUGUGUUUUAAUGUAAUUAGCGGAACAUACCAAAUGAUAAUAAACUACUGUAUUUUAUACAUUUUUGGAUGGCCAGAAAUUUUAAACCAUUUUUAGUUUGUACAAUCCCUGCCACUGCCAUUGCCUUGAAUAAAUGCUUGCAUCCAC